GUCACAUACUGUCAUGCCAGUUAAUCCUGUUCGCAAAACAAAGCGCAACUGCUUCAACGUUUUACGGGCGGAUCACGCCGCUCAAAGAGAAAUAUAAAACCCAGCAAGUAUCCGUUGCGAAACUUGCAUUCUAACUCGGACCGACACAGCUAUAUAAACCGCUUAAUACCUGCCAGCACUUACAACUCUCAUCCUCAUUCAUCUUAGAUAUUAACACAAUGGCUACUCACGCUCUCGUCUCACAAUAUGUCCAGGACGUCAAGGAGCUUGACUCCUACCUCACAGGAUGUCCGAUCACCAUCACUGGGUCUACCUUAUCCCUUUCUCAAAUUGCUGCUAUCGCGCUAUACCCACCUUCAUCAUCUCCCUGCAGCAAUCCCAUUAAAAUUCAACUUACUGAUGACCAACAUGUUAAAGCAAAAGUAGCUGCCUCCCGUGCUGUCAUUGAGAGUAAGGUCGCAGCAGGUAUCAGUGUUUAUGGUGUCAGCACUGGAUUUGGUGGCAGCGCGGACACAAGGACAGAUGACCCUAUUGCACUCGGUGCUGCUCUCCUCCAGCACCAGCAUGCCGGCGUCAUUCUCCCUACUUACGCACCGAGUUCUUCUACUGCUAUCCCCACCUUCUCUUCUAUCAAUAGCAACGCUCUUCCUUCACCCGCACCGCUCUCUGAUCCAUUCACCAGCACUACAAUGCCACCCCCUUGGACACGUGCUGCUCUCCUUGUUCGCGCUAACAGUCUCAUGCGCGGACACAGCGGUGUCCGCUGGGAACUUGUCGAGAAAAUGACAGAACUCCUUAACAAAGGUGUUACCCCAGUCGUUCCUAUGAGAGGCAGCGUCAGUGCCAGUGGAGACCUGUCUUCCCUUUCUUACAUUGCUGCAACACUCAUUGGAAACCCCGCUAUCAGGGCUUGGGUUCCCUUACCCCACCCCUCUUCAGCCAUAUCCAGUACUUCCUCAACCCCCUUGUCAACCGGAACAUCUUCGCCAGAUUCCUCACCCGAAUUAUCUCCCUUCUCUGCGUCCACCCCCCUCCCACCCUCAACCGAUACCCUUAACCUACCUACAGAUACUCUCAAAGUAGACAACUACGGAUCAUACGCACUCCUUCCUGCCCCACAGGCCUUGCAGGUCGCCGGCAUCACCCCCCUCCCGCUCUCAAGCAAGGAGCACUUGGGCAUCCUGAAUGGCACGGCAUUUAGUGCAGCUGUGAGUGCACUGGUUGUGAGAGGCGCACGGGGAGUGAGCGUGUUGGGUGCCGUCUUAACAGCCAUGUCCGUCGAAGCGAUGCUCGGCGCAAGGGGCAGCUUUGAUCCCUUUGUCAGCGAGGCAAGGCCGCACAUUGGACAGAUUCACUCUGCGCGUCUCAUGCACACUCUGCUUACCGGAUCUUCCUUUGCAAGUGAACAUGAAGUAGAAGUCAAGCUUGAGGAUGAUGCCGGGGUGUUGAGGCAGGAUCGUUACUCUCUCCGCACAGCCCCCCAAUGGCUCGGUCCUCAAUUUGAGGACCUCGCAAAUGCAGCACAAGUAGUCACGACCGAGGUUAACUCCACCACCGAUAACCCGCUCAUCGAGCCACCUUCCGCGUCGAACAACCAGACCGGACAGGUUCACCAUGCAGGCAACUUCCAAGCGCUUGCCCUGACGAACGCGAUGGACCACGUCCGUCUCAGCCUCGCGCACAUCGGGAAGCUGAUGUUCGUGCAGCUUACGGAGAUUGUCAACCCAGCAAUGAACCGGGGCUUGUUCCCAAAUUUGGCGGGUGGAGAGGUCGGAUUGGAUUUCGCGUUCAAGGGUGUUGAUAUCGCUGCAGCGUCAUAUGUGGGCGAGUUAAAUGCGCUUGGUGGAAUGAACGUGGGCGUAGGCAAUGUGAGCGCUGAGAUGCACAAUCAGAGUGUCAAUUCACUCGCACUCAUCUCAGCACGGUACACCCUCACUGCACUCGAAGUGUCCACUCUUCUCGCCGCCUCACAUCUCAUCGUGAUAUGCCAGGCACUCGAUCUCCGUGCACUCGGCGAGGAGCUGCGCGAGGCGCUCCCAGUACUCAUCGGCUCAUCCCUCCUCAACACCUUCCCUUCGCUCACUGAUAACACCAUAAUUACCUCGCUCGUAGCAGCUAUCAUCCCAGCACUUACAGAGACGCUUGAUCACACGACUACGCUCGAGACGAGCGCACGGAUGUACAAGGUUGCAAGCGCUUGUGUAGUACCGCUCGUCACUGCCCUCUCAACCUCUCCAGUGCAAGGGGCAGAGUUAAGCGCACUCCCAGUGUUCAUUUCAUCCGUUACCGCGGGGCUAGUGAAGAAGCUGACGGAGUUGCGGUGCGCGUAUCUGGGCGUACAGCCGUUAUCGGUGCGCGGUGCAAGCUCGAGUGCUGAGCAGACAGAGGUGGCGUGGCGCGGGCCUACCCCAGCAAGCAAGUACCUUGCGCCGCGGACGCGUGCACUCUACGAGUUUGUGAGGGUGACACUGGGCGUGCGAAUGCACGGGGCUGGAAAUCUCAGGGGAGAUGUGUUUGGGAUGCGGGAUGGCCUAGAGGGUGAGGAUGGGACGAUUGGGAAUGGUAUUUCGGUCGUUUGUGAGGCGAUCAGAGAUGGAAGGGUCGGGCGGGUUGUGGUAGGGAUGCUUGAGGGCAUCGAGGGCUUGUGAGGAGCUUUCGCAAUCCUUCCACGAAGGCUGACUUCCAGGCCUUCACGUACUGAUAGUCCGAGCAGGGAGAGGCGGUGGAUGCCUACAAUAUUGUCAUCCUCCUACUUUUAUUUGUUUUAUAUUCAUAAAGACUGUAUCUGAUCAUCGACAUCCCUUAUUCCCUUGCAUACAUAUAUACUAGCCCCCCACACAUUUCUUUCCUACAGUGCUCAAAGAUUCCCUGUCUAAAUCAUGUAUAACAGGCCACUCGAAUAGAUUUAGGAUACAUGUCUAAUAGAAUUUUUUGACGCGUUAAA